AGAAGAAGAAAUACGACGAGCGGGGUGAACCUUUAGAUUUGGGGUAAAGGUCGCAGUUCCCUCGGGCUCUUUUAUUUGCCCUGGUCGGACUCACGGUGUCACAACAAAUAUAUCAGAGGAAAAGGUCUGAUCGUGGCGGCGGUGGGUUGUUGAAUCACCAUCAUGGCACUGCUCAGAGGUGUAUUUAUUGUAGCUGCCAAGCGCACUCCAUUCGGUACCUACGGUGGUGUGUUGAAGGAUCACAGUGCGACAGACUUGGCUGAGCAUGCAGCCAAAGCGGCCCUCGCUGCAGGGGGUGUGGCCCCAGAGCUCAUCAACAGUGUCAUCAUGGGGAACGUCAUGCAGAGCUCAGCCGAUGCACCCUACAUUGCUCGUCACGUGGGUCUGCGGUGCGGUGUUCCUAUCCCAGUGCCUGCACUCACUGUGAACAGACUGUGUGGAUCUGGUUUCCAGGCCAUCAUCAGUGGUGCUCAUGAGAUUUGCCUUAAGGAGUCAGAGGUGGUCCUGUGUGGAGGUUCAGAGAGUAUGAGCCAGGCCCCAUACGCUGUUCGCAACAUACGAUUUGGUACAAGGUUUGGAGUCGAUCUCAAGCUAGAAGACACUUUGUGGGCCGGUCUGACUGACCUGCAUAUCAAAAUCCCGAUGGGCAUCACGGCAGAAAACCUUGCGGAGAAAUACCAGAUCACACGAGAAGAAUGCGACAACUACGCGUUCCAGACGCAACAGAGGUGGAAGGCCGCUCACGAGGCUGGUUGUUACACAGCCGAAAUUGCUCCCAUUGAUGUGAAAGCCAAGAAAGGCAAAGUGUCCAUGGCUCAGGACGAACACCCUCGGCCUCAGACCACAUUAGAACAGUUUGCAAAACUGCCCCCUGUCUUCAAGAAGGGGGGGACUGUUACGGCUGCCAAUGCUUCGGGUGUAUCUGAUGGUGCUGCUGCUUUGGUGAUUGCAAGUGAGGAUGCGCUGAAGGAUCACAAGCUCACUCCACUGGCCAGAAUCGUUUCGUAUCAUGUGUCAGGCUGUGACCCGAGCAUUAUGGGAAUUGGCCCCGUCCCAGCGAUCACAGAGGCUCUUAAAAAAGCCGGACUGACUCUCAAUGACAUGGAUCUUGUGGAGGUGAAUGAGGCCUUUGCCCCUCAGUACCUGGCUGUUGCCAAGGCUCUUGGACUGGAUCCAGAGAAAAGCAACACUAAUGGUGGCGCUAUUGCCAUUGGACAUCCUCUCGGUGCUUCUGGAGCUCGCAUCACUGCUCACCUGGCUCAUGAGCUCAGGCGACGAGGAGGCAAGUACGCUGUUGGAUCUGCCUGCAUCGGUGGGGGUCAAGGCAUCGCCAUCGUCCUAGAAAAUUACUAACUAAAGAAGCCAGUAUCAGAACAAUUACUGUCGAGGAAUGUCCCACACAUACUUUCUCCACUCCAACAAAAUAAAAUUCAGUUUACACAUGCUGAAGGAUUUUUUUCUUCCUAAUGUUCUCCUAUCACGAAGCACUGCUGCUUAGGGCUUCCUUCACACUCAUUUUUUUAUUAUUACUUACUCUUUUUACUUCUUUCGAUCUAUUUAUACAAAAUACACAAUAUAUGUUUCAAUACAGUGUUGCCUUGGAAGGCCUGUGAUAAUUGUAGAUCAGAGAUUGCUCCUUGGUCUCAUAAACCAUGUAGCUUAUCAUUAACUUAUAAGGUACAGUUUGCGCCGGGUUAGAGUCAUGUUUGAAGAAACUCAUGUUUGCCUUAAAAUGCUUUAUCACACCUUUAUCAGUGAUCCGUAUUGCCAGAAAAUAUGUCUGACUUGUGAUGACUUCAGCAAAAACUAAUUUUGUAUUUUUCUGUGUCAAGGAACCUCAAACUGAAUUUUGAAAAAAUAAAUAAAGUUUUCAUCAGCA